AUGAAGGAGACGUUCUCCUAUGUCAUCAAAGAAAGUGACAAAAGUGGGACUGGUGCCAGGACUAAAAGAUGUGCGGCAGACAACAUUAUUAGAUCCGUGGAAAAGCUCAAGAUUUCUAAACCAGAAUCUGAGGAAAAGGUCACUCGCACGAAGUCACGAAAGAAAAUCGAGUUUUCGACAGAGGACGAACAUUCUUAUUCUGCUCGUAGAGCAACUCAAGCUCAGAAUUUCCUUCCUAACGAUGAUGAAAUAUCUGCUUAUAAGGAAAGCCUUAAGAUUUUGUUAGGAAGAGACAUACAACAUCAUAUGAGUGAAUUUCGGUGGAUGAGGCACUGCUUACCAAAGAACAUCCCACAUAACCUCUCCCAUGUGAUGAGUAAGAAAUCAAACAUUCAUCUCUUGCCAGUGUCUCUGAGCAAUGAAACGUCCUAUGGUUGGUGCUUAAAAAUACUGGACGAGUACACGGAAAUGGUAAACCGAUGGUACACAAAAGCUGGACGAGGUGAUGAGCUUGAUUACAUUGCUAUUCCUAUUGGAGGGGAUCAGCUUACUAGAGUAAGACUGCAGGGGGCAAAGUGCUUGAGAGCAAGUGCACACACAAGGCAACAACGAUUUGAACAUCUUUACCCGGUUGUAACUGAGUUGUUUCACAUUUUGCAAGAUUUUUUGGAGAAAAUGUGCAAAAUCCUCCUAAAGGUAACAAAUGUCAAAGAUGCAGGAACAUUGGGAAAACUGCGAAUCCUCAUAGAACGCAACAAUGUGAAUGGUCAUGUAAAGCAAAGGUUCAAGGCACAUGAAGACUUUAUCAUAACUUGUGGUCAGGCAUACUUCCUCUCCUUUGUCAUGGAAAAAUUUCAAAUGGAGGACUUGAACAGUAAGCCAAGUCAUCCGCUCUUACCUGAAAAUGUGAAAAUGCUGCACCAACCAUCAAAGGAAAAAGUUUUUUUUUCAGAAAUUAUGGAUGAUAUUGUCAGUUCAAUCUUUGAACCUUUCAAAUUAUAG